UACUGAUAGUCGCUUCUCCCUGCUAGACCAUGACAUCAGCCAGGACACCCAGUGAUGCUGCUGAUAGUAAACUCAGAGCAGGAGGAGGGUCCUGCUAGCUAAAAGUUAAUUAGUUCAACACAGAACUUGGGGGGAGCAGUUGGUUUCUGUGGAGGGUCAGUGCUGGAUGGGACCAAAACUUUUAAAGUCACUUGCUGCUUUCUGCAAACCCAGCUAUAAAAGCACCCAGAGACUCCAGGAGGGUCGGAUGAAUUUUGGUUCACUAACUGUGGUCAGCUUGUCUCCUUGGAGCAAGUUAAUGGUUUAAGUGAGGGGGCUUCUGGAACGGUUCACAGAGAAUCACCAUGACACUUCUUGGUACUGAGCAUUCUUUGCUGAUUCGGAGCAAGUUCAGAUCAGUUUUACAGUUACGGCUUCAGCAGAGAAGAACCCGAGAGCAGCUGGCGGACCAGGGCAUCAUGCCACCACUAAAAAGUCCAUCUGCAUUCCAUGAACAAAGGAGAAGCCUGGAGAGAGCCAAGGCUGAAGAUUAUUUAAAGCACAAGAUCAGAAGCAGGCCUCAGCAAUCAGACCUGGUUAAUAUGCACAUUUUACAAGACUCAGCUGCGGAGGGGUCCAUUCAAUCUACCCAGAUGAAGCUGAAAAGAGCCCGACUUGCAGAUGACUUGAAUGAAAAAAUUGCUCUCAGGCCAGGUCCCUUGGAGCUGGUGGAAAAGAAUAUUAUUCCUGUUGACUCUGCUGUGAAAGAGGCCAUAAAAGGAACCCAGGUGAGCUUCUCUAAAUCAUCUGAUGCCUUUGCCUUUGAAGAGGAUAGUAGCAAUGAUGACUUGUCCCCCGAGCAGGCCAGAGGUGAAGAAUCCCAAGGCUCCACAGGGUCAGCAACAGGCACUAAAAACUCAGAGCCAAUUUCCUCUGCUAUAUCAGGAACAACUCAGUUACAGGUUCAUACCCAUGGCUCUGAAAACAAUGUGACUGAUUUGACUUCAGUGCAAAGUAGCCAAUGUGAAAGCCCAAAGCAGGUGAAUAACCAACUUCCAGUGCCCACGGCAGUAAAGUCAAAGUCCUCUGGUGAUAGCAAGAACCGCCACAAAAAGCCCAAGGAUACCAAGCCAAAAGUGAAGAAGCUGAAGUAUCACCAGUACAUCCCACCUGAUCAGAAAGCUGAGAAAUCUCCUCCUCCCAUGGACUCAGCCUAUGCCAGACUUCUCCAGCAGCAGCAGCUCUUUCUACAGCUGCAAAUCCUUAGCCAACAGCAGCAGCAACAGCACUUCAGCUAUCAAGGAAUCCACCAAGCACAGCUUAAGCAUUCAAGUGAACAAAUGGUCAAAAGUUCAAACUCGUCAUCAACUCCUGUGAACAAUACCCCUCUUUCUUCAGUGAAAACUACUUUUUCAGGACAGAGCUGUGUGUCUUCUAUGAAACCAGGCCCUCUGCCUUCUAACCUGGAUGAUCUGAAGGUGUCAGAACUGAGGCAGCAGCUCAGAAUAAGAGGUCUCCCUGUAUCUGGCACGAAAACAGCACUAAUGGAGCGUCUGAGACCCUUUCAGGAAAGCAGUGGCAGCACAGUGCCAAACUUCAGUGAAAUAACAACUGUCACCUUUCCAGUCACCCCAACAAACACCCUGUCAAGCUACCAGUCACAGUCAUCAGCCAGCAUGUUAUCCAAUGGCUUCUAUCACUUUGGGAGCACCAGCUCUACCCCACCUAUCUCCCCAGCAUCUUCUGACCUCUCUGUUAGUGGCUCUUUGCCAGACACAUUCAACGACGGACCAAUGUCUUCUCCACAGUUUGGUCUUCAACCAUCCCCUGUGCAUGGCAGUACUGAGGAAAGCCUCAUGAGCAGCAUGAAUGGAGGGAGCAUCCAGCUGGAGCUAGAAGGGCUUGAUACAGAAAAAGACAAAAUGCUGGUGGAAAAGCAGAAAGUCAUUAAUGAACUUACAUGGAAGCUACAACAAGAGCAGAGGCAGGUGGAAGAGCUGCGGAUGCAACUCCAGAAGCGGAAAAGAACCAGUGGCCUUGAGGAGAAGCAUUCCCCACCACAGCAUUUCUUUGCAGGUCCCAUCAAGCAAGAAAAUGCAGUAGCUAGUUGUCCAUUUGCAUCAAAACAAACUGCCUUGAUUGACCAAGCCAGUCAGUCAAAUAAAUUAAGUGACUGUGGCGUGCCGCAGCUGCCUCACAUUGUAAAUAGUCAUUGCAUGGAGUCAGCAGGCCAGAGUGCCAUCACAUCCUCCACAUUCCUCAGCCCACAGUGCUCUCCCCAGCACUCUCCACUUGGGGCUGCAAAGAGCCCAAAGCAUAUCAGCCUGCCACCAUCACCAAAUAGCCAUUCCCUUCUCUCAGUUUCCCCUGGCUCUCAGGGCGAAGGUCGCAGUGUCUCCCCACAAGCCAGCAGUUGCCUCCGCACAGCUCCGGCUACACAGGCAGGUCAAAAGUUUUCUAUUCCAUCCCCAAGUUUUUGUAAGUCAAGUCCAGGCCUCUCGGAGGUAAAGCAGCCUCCGUCCUAUGAGGAUGCAAUAAAGCAGCAGAUGACUCGAAGUCAGCAGAUGGAUGAGCUCCUGGAUGUGCUCAUUGAAAGUGGAGAAAUGCCAGCCAAUGCCAAAGAAGAUCGUUCUUGUCUUCAGAAAGUACCUCAGAUCACGAUGUCUUCAGGAAAUACCAGCACUUCACUCCCAAAGUCAUCAGCUGCCUUUGAACAAGUGUCCUCAUCCCAGCUCUCAUUUGACCACUGUCCGGGUAGCAGUGACACACACCUCGAAGUCUUACUCAAUUCCCACAGCCCCCUGGGAAGAGUCAGCGAUAUCACCCUCCUGAAAAUGGGUGGUGAGGAGUCGCACUUUGAAGGGAUGAUUGAAGGAUUUUCCAGCAAAGCUGCAGAUGAACUGCUGACAUCCCAGGAGAUUUUACAGACUCCCCUCUCACCCAUGGAGACCCAACUGUCACCUACUUCUACUGAAGGAUCCGGUUUACAAAUGAGCUUCACUGAAUCUCCUUGGGAAACAAUGGAAUGGCUGGAUCUCACCCCACCAAGCUCAACUACUGCCUUUGGUUCUCUCACCACUGCUGGCCCCAGCAUCUUCAAUAUAGAUUUCUUAGAUGUUACUGAUCUCAAUUUAAAUACCACCAUGGACCUUCACUUACAGCAGUGGUGAAAGGAGAUGGCAAUAGAGAAAGGAUGUGCGAUUGAACUCCAUAUGUCCAAAGCAACCACCCCAAGUCCUUUAUUAAGCAAGAGAAUGCAAAGACCUGAGACUUGGCCCCAAGGGCUAAUGUGCCAACUAGUCAGGGGAAGCUGGAGGGGUUUUUCCAGUAAAUAACUUGUACAAGUUUUCAGUCACUGAGAAUUGUCAGCACAACAACUCUUACCUUUUCUUUUUUUACAAUUUAACAUCCUUGCAGACUUUAUUGACACUUUUUACAAACGAUAUUUUUCUAAACCAACCUUUUUUUUUGAGCUUUCAGGUUUUUCCAGUUUUAGCAGCCAAUCAUAUGAGAACUGGAGGAGCUUGUGAGGUAUAGUGUGGUGAGGAAAACUCAUUGAGACACAGCAGGAUACCAUCUAGAGCAGGGCCCAAGGCAGAGUCAUUGCCACCUACAUCUUUCUCAUCUCCUUUAGGGAAUAAUACUGCAAGGUGCAUCUUAAUGAAGUAGGAAAAAAAAACCCCAAAGCAGCUUAGGCUGGAAAUCCUAGAAGCAGCAAAGCCUGUGCACUGUGCCCCAGCACACUACUUCAUUGUACAAUUAAAUCCACUUCACUCAGCUUGUUGUCUCUGUUCCAGAUAGUAACUGAUCUAAAAUGGCUUUGAAGGCAAGUCACCACAGUCGAGACACAGCUGUCCAGUCAAGGGUGGUGGGUUGUGCCACUGGAUUUGUGAGAUGAAACUUGUGCGAGUGCAUCACACACAGUCACCCCUAGAGAGUGAGAGCUGGGGAGUGGUCCAUGCCUCAUAGCUACGCGUUAGAUUUUAACCAAACUAGAGUCUGUGACCUCCAUGCUGCUCAAGUGCUAGGGGUCCUGCUCCCUGUAGUCCAAUUGCUUGGAUUACUAACACAGAUGUCAGAGGACUAUGAUGCCGAUGACAAUAUAGACUCCAGUUACUAUGUUACAAAUCUGAAGUGUUUAUUGUGCAGGGAACAAUAUAGAUGUUGAAUUUAAAAGUGAACAAAAUGAAGUUUCAUGGGGUGUGGGGUUGGUCCCUUAGGCCUUCCUCUGCAACACAAGAAACUCAAGUGUAAAAACCACAAGGAGUCUCCAGGGAGAAGCCACAGAAAGCUGAUAGCAAUAAAUGGCCCCUUGACUCUCCCAGGUAUACCUCAAAAAUUGGUAUGGGUCUGAGUGGGUCCUUAUUUGUGGCUAGAUUUUUGUUUGAAUACCUACUUGUGGUAUAUAUGUUUGCUCUGCCAUCCCACCUCUUUUCCCUUCUUCACUCCCUUCUCCCUCAUUUGUGCUUCUUCUCUCCUCUUCUGAAUUUACUGUUUUAUCACCAGCCGUUUGGCUCAGAGCAAAACCAUUCGGAGAACAGCUGUGAAUCCACAAGCCUAGAGGAGCUUGUUCUUCUGAGUUCAUCAGAAAUGGAUGCUCUGUUGCAACAAAGUCACCAGCAUUUCUUCUAGGCAUCACUUGUGCAAUAUAAUUCAUAGGGCUCCCCAGAAGAAAGGGCCUUCACUUUACCAUUUGGCUUCCACCGAAGACCUUGUCACAGACUGUUUGAUGAAUACAUCUACUUCUCUGCAAUUAUGUUUUGGUUGUUUUGCAAAAGUAAAUAUUGUUGCUGCCAAGAUUGUUAAAAUAUUUACAAACUGGGUGUAUUUAAUAUUGUAUUAUUGGAAGGACAGCAUAUUGGAAAUGCAGAUAUCUUGGGAACAGGUCCAGGGCUGUACAGUCUGUGGGGGCUGUCCCCAUGUGAAGGACUUACCCAAAAGCCUGUUAGAGCUGCAUUAGGAGUCUCUGCAACCAGUUCUCCAGUUGUGUCUCCAGUUAAUUACAUUGUUGCAUGUUGUAUAAAGAACACCAUAGUCAUUUUUAAAAGUCACUAUUUAAAGCACCACUUUUUUGUUGUACAAAUGUUCACAAUGCACUGCUAGGAUAGAACAAUUCACAAGUGGCAUUAUUUAGAAUACCUUUUUUUAUAACAAAGAGAUUUUAGAAGCCAUUCCAUGAAGAUUUAAUUAAUAGCACUUGAAUCCAGAGUAGUUGUAGCUGUUGCACUGCCUAGAUGUACAUAGCUUUCAAGAUAGUUUUGUCCUCUCAACAAAUAUAUUUCCUUAUUUAAAGGGAUGCUGCCAACUUAGAACAUGUAAGCAAACACAUUUCCUUACCCAUGUUACUAACAAGAGUUUCGUUAUUAAAAAAAAACCAUUGUUUUGCCAUU